GAUAGCUUAAUGUAAACGGCAGCGCCAUCCCGAUAAGCUGUAGAGUUUCAGAGACGUAAAGGAUAAACCCACCGACUAUUAUAACCGUGGGGUUACGUUGGUUAAUUGUUAACAAUCUCCCAGGUAGCUUAGCAUUGUUAGCAAGGGCACAAAAUUACACAGCUACAGUUAGCUAACGCGGCUAGCGAAGCUGCGCGCGCCGUAGCGCUUCAUUGCUCAUAAUGACAUUUAAACCGCUCGAUUUCUUUUAUCGCUUAAAUGCCCAACAGUGUUUUUUUUUCGUGCGUGUUGUCACGUUGACACGUGAUUGUUUCAGUUAGCUCAUUGUGGAAUGCGCUCGCACAACUAGGCGGUGUCAGAAUAAGCGCUGGUCACUUAUGUCACCCGAUCAGCGGUGAGGCUGGAGCGGGGCGGUGUUCGGGAGUCGCCGAGGACGUGAUUUUCAGGUUUAUUCCCUCCCGCCUCGCCUCGUUAACGCUCACCCCCUCCGACCACCCCCAGCAUGCGGACAGCCACUUGGGUGGGGCUGACGCGGGCGACGGCGCGAGGGCGCGGAACCCGGGGAUAAGAGCAGAGCGCGCGAGGCACCGCUCCAAGCCCAGACGGCGGCCGCUUCGCCGAAGCCAUGACUAAACCCGAGUCCAAGAAAGGCAGCGCGGCCGCGAUCGACGCCCCCGGCAGGUGCGGCUCCGCGGCGGCAGCGUCCGCCAACGAGCAGGUCAACGGCGCGGUGGAGCCCGGCUGCCCGGAGCCGAGCCCGCCUGUUAGAGCCAGGGUGAUGAAGCAGACCUCCAGGGAGAGCCUGCACCGCAGGAACACGGAGUGCGAAGUCUACGACGACGGCACCAACACGUUCUUCUGGCGAGCCCAUACUGUGACUGUGCUGUUCAUUCUGACCUGUGCGCUGGUCUACGUCACACUGUUGGAGGAGACCCCCCAGGACACGGCCUACAACACCAAGAGGGGGAUCGUAGCCAGCAUUUUAGUUUUUCUCUGUUUUGGAGUGACACAAGCCAAAGAUGGACCUUUCACUAGACCCCAUCCAGCCUACUGGCGCUUCUGGCUAUGUGUCACUGUGGUCUAUGAACUCUUCCUCAUCUUCAUCCUUUUCCAGACGGUGCAUGAUGGGCGACAGUUCAUGAAAUACAUCGACCCCAAAUUGGGCGUCCCCCUCCCUGAGCGCGACUAUGGAGGAAACUGCCUUAUCUAUGACCCAGGCAACUCUACGGACCCUUUCCACAACAUUUGGGACAAGAUGGACGGCUUUGUUCCAGCUCAUUUCCUGGGAUGGUACAUCAAAACUCUUAUGAUACGGGAUUGGUGGAUGUGUAUGAUAAUCAGUGUCAUGUUUGAGUUUCUGGAAUACAGCCUGGAGCACCAGUUACCCAACUUCUCAGAGUGCUGGUGGGACCACUGGAUCAUGGAUGUGUUGGUGUGUAACUCACUGGGGAUCUACUGUGGCAUGAAGACGCUAGCAUGGCUCUCAAUGAAGCCCUACCAGUGGCAGGGCUUGUGGAACAUUCCUACAUACAAGGGGAAGAUAAAGCGUAUAGCAUUCCAGUUCACACCGUACAGCUGGGUGAAAUUUGAGUGGAAACCCGCUUCAAACCUGCGUCGCUGGCUUGCUGUGUUAGGCAUCAUCUUCAUGUUCCUCCUUGCAGAGCUGAACACCUUCUACCUGAAGUUUGUACUGUGGAUGCCUCCAGAACACUACCUCGUGCUGCUCCGGCUGGUCUUUUUCGUCAACGUCGGCGGCGUCGCCAUGAGGGAGAUCUACGACUUCAUGGAUCACCCGAAGUUUCACAAGAAGCUUGGCCAGCAGGCGUGGUUGGUGUCGACGAUCACGGUUACUGAAUUCCUCAUUGUGGUCAAAUAUGACCCCAACACUAUCAUGCUGCCCAUCCCUUUCUUCAUCACACAGUGCUGGUUACUAGGAAUCUUCCUCAUAUUUAUCUGGACACUGUGGCGGUUCUUCAUCCGUGACAUCACAUUACGCUACAAAGAGACCCGCCGACGCAAGCAGGAGGCCCCCGCCGCUGACCGGGACUGCUCUCAGGGCAAUGGCAGCACCGCCCCAUCUGGGCGGAGCAAGCUGAACGGCAGCUCCGAUGCGCUGCGGCACAGAAAGGUCUGAGGCCGGAGCCGGUCCGUCAGCAGCAGCGAAAGGAGAAACCAGGUUUGACGGGCAAAACGAAAAGGACGAGGGAGAGUAAUGGCACAAAAACUGUGUAGAGGGAAACAGGUGGACAUGGACGUGCUGCAGACUGUGCCUACGUUGAACAGAGGUGUGGGGUGGAAAGUGAUGUGUUCAUUCAGUGCAUUCUUGUUCUUGUCAUUACAGCGAUUUACCUCAUUCUAUUUUUAAGAACAGUUGAGGAUUUAUGUCCAGGGCAAAAUACAGUUUGUUUUUAUACAUUACUUUGGUGAGUGGUUAAAAAGAGGGGAUAAAACAAAAUAAACUGAAUCUCAGAUGUGUAGAAUAGAAGUUCGUAUACAUACGACCGUAGUUUGAGUUUAUUCAGAUGCUGGGUGUCAGGAACGUGUGCGACUCUGUAAAUAGGCUUUGUUCUGUGAUGUGCAGUUACUGAGUUGAGUAUAUGGAGGCGUAACAAUGGAUGUGGGUUACUGUCUACUGCCAUGCAACCUUCAGUUUCAACCUGAGGUUUUGGCCAAGCAGCAGUUUAACGGAAGCUCUAGUUUAUGUAUCUCGUUUAGUCACCGUCAAAAUGGUUUUGUUUGUUUCUUGCGUUCAAUUCAGUUUCCACUUGUGGGAGACACUGUCGCUUUUUCAUUUGCGCAUCAGGAUUCUCUUGAUAGCUCAGAGCUUCCACAUAUGCUCAUAACUGCUGGGGUUCAUUUUUCACAGAAGAAAACGUAGUCGGUGCCACUUUUUUUCCUCUCUGGUUUUGUUCUUGAAAAGAAUGAGUUUGUAAAAAAUAAAUUGACGUGUACCAUAUUCUAGGUAUGUGACUGUUGACAUGGACCAUAGUUGUAGAUAUUGUGUAGUUGUUUUGUUAUCACUGUUUAAUUGAUUAUGAACAAUAGACCGUGCUGCGUUUUCCUUUAGUGAAACGAAGUACUUCGAAACCUGCAGUACUAUUGAUCACAUCCAUGACAAUCACAAUGACGGAAACCUUUGUCCACCACAUGUGAACUACACACGUGGAAGCUUCUUGACUUUAACUUCAUUUGAGGCUCAGCUCAGGAGUUCGCAAGUUUAGUCGCAUUUUACCAGCAUUUUUUUUUAUUGAAUUUUAUUACAGUCUAUUGUUGGUGUCUGAAUUUGGAGAGGGAGAAUCAAAGUUGUGGUUUGGGAAGAGAACCAACUUUCCCUGCUCUUCGUUUAGAUCUUGUUUAUGCUAAAGCCAUAAAUGCCUCCCAGACUCACCUGAGCUGCUCAAACCGCUGCUGACCCUUAUUCAGAUUGAUUUAAAUGAAAGCAGGUAUAGUUACACAUUGUAAAGGAAAACAAACACUCGAAGGUCAAACUGUUGGGAACCGGUUGUACUUGUUCAAUAUCGGGGCUUGUCUCGUUCAUUUAUGUAGCACCCAAUGCCUCCAAGUCUAAAUAUGUCAAGGUGUCUUGAAUAAUUUUUGAAUGUAGAGCUUAAACUAAACAUUUAAUUUUGCAAAAUGGGAACUGACUGCUAUUUAUUUAUUCUGUAUGAAUAUAUUCAGCUGAAAAUAUUUGGAGUUUCAACUACUGGGUGGUCGAGUGAUGGAAACUUAUGACUCUUAUUGACAAAGGUCACGUUGCUUCUUAUUUUACAAAAAAAAACAUGGAGAUCUUUAAUGAACAUAAACAUUAUGUGCAGCCUUAGUCAGAGGUUCCAGAUAUUUUGAUACAACACUAAGUGGCUUUCAGAAAAUCAACUGGAUAUUAGUUUUAGACAGUAGACAGUGGCAAAAUAGGCAUUGUCUGUGAAUCUAGCUCUGAAGCUCUAGUUGCAAAAUCAGCUGAUGUUUGGAUAUGCUACAGUCAUUUUCCUGUGAAUUGUAUGCUGUUUAAAUAAGGUCAUUAUUUAUCAGACACUAAUCUGAAGUAAUUUCUGCACAGCUUUUUCUUAUUCAGGCUGCAAUCAUUUCUAUAUUUCACUUUUUUUAACAGACAUUUCUGUGCAGUUUUAGAACUGCACAAUGUUUAGAAAAUCUGUCAGAGUUUGUACUUGUCCUCCUGUUGUUUCUGUGUUAACUGAGUCACUCGAACUCGGCAGGAGUUCAGACAGCCAGCUUUUAUCAGACAUAAAGCAUUUUUUGUUUUUUAAUGAUUCUCUGGGCUUGUGCUUUGGGUUUGCUGAAGUGCUUUUGUUUAAAAUAAUGCAUCAACCAAGUCGUACAUCAGCUCCGAAAUCACAAUAGUGAAUUUAGCAGCCAAACUCAACUUAGCUGUUGAACAGGAAUUGGCCAAAAAUACAUGUGACCUCUAACCUGUAGUGUGAAGGUUUAGUGUAGUUUCACUUACAGCCACAUGGAGGCGCUAGAUACUGUUACUGUCCCAGUCAUGUGUUUUUGUCUCCUUGACAAUUAUCGACUGUUUGACAAUAGUCACAAAGCCAUUCUCAACAUUGGUUGCAUAAAUGUGAACGUGUUAAAGAUCAUACAACUGAAAUAUGCUGCUGCACCAGAGUUUUGUAAUGUUUCCAAUAAAAUCAAAUGAAAACCUGAA